CAGGACUGGACUUUGGUUUUACUUGUAUUUUGUUGUAAUACAGGGAAGCACAACAAAGAAGAACAUGAACUCUCCUCUGCCAUCUGGAGUAGCUGUUGCUGCUGAACAGGAAAGACACUGACUGAUGAAUCGAGGCCUUCUUGGGCAUUUUUCCUCUCUUGUCCGUCUGUAUUCUCUCACUCUUUUGGAGUGAAGGGAACUUUUGAUGGGAGAAAAGCUCCCCGGGGGUCCAGGAAGAGGAGUCCGGCUCCGCAGUGACACCUCCAGUAGACCAGGGCAGACCCUCCGGGUGAAGAUGGUGCUUCUGGGAAGCUCCGGUGUGGGAAAGUCCAGCCUGGCACUGCGAUUUGCCACGGAUGAGUUCAGGAGCACAUCGCCCACUGUGGGCUGUGCCUACCUGACCCGGGCGGUGCAUCUGAGUGAUGCCAUUCUUCGCUUUGAGAUCUGGGACACGGCGGGGUCGGAGAAGUACCACAGCGUCACCCCGCUGUACUACCGAGGGGCCCACGCGGCGCUCCUGGUCUACGACAUCAGCCAGAGGAAAACCUUCGUGAGAGCUCAAGUGUGGCUCAAAGAGCUGGAGAAGCAGUACGUCCCCGGAUCCACCGUCGUGUGGCUGGUCGGCAACAAGGUGGACCAGGCCCAGGGUCGACAAGUCUCAGUGCAGGAAGGACGCAGUCUGGCCGAUGACCGGGGCCUGUUGUUCACAGAGACGUCGGCCCUGUCGGGGGAUCAGGUCCACGAGCUGCUGCUCGCUGUAGCCCACAGAGUGCACGAGUGUACGGCAGCGCAGCAGGGAGGUCUGCCGGCGUGGACGGAGACGCCACAUGUGGAUCUGCGUCGCAGAGACACGAUCACUCCUCUGGGGUCCUGUUGCAAAGUUGGUCCCUGAACCUCUGGGACCAUCAGCUGCACGGCUGCUCGCCUCCUGACACACGGGCCGCUGGUAUACACGAAACACAUCUGGAGUAAAUAAAAGGAAAUGCCUGUAGAUGCUGAAUCUUUGGUCCUCUGUUUGAUUGAUUGGAGGCACACCACUGCAUUCAAACACGUAUUCAGGUUAUUUGACUUAAUGCAGGUUACGUCCUCGUGUUCCACGUGUCGGAUGGAUUUGUCCUCAUUGGGUUCAGGACCAACCCCCUAGAGUCUCUGUCCGUGCCAGAUGUUGGUCUGAUUCAGAUUAUCCUCAUUUAGGGUCUCCUGCCUGUGAUCAGAUUGAAACCCGAGACCCGGAGAACGGUUCCGUUGAGUGUGGUUGCCACGUUUCCCUUUUCAAGUUCAAUAAAAACAAUAAAAAAUGUAAUUUGAACAGUACCCAUUCUGUAAGUAUUCCCAGUAUGCGACCAUGUGCUGCGUUCUGCUGGUCUGGAUUGGGAAUUAUUUCCUUUGUCCCUGAGUGGGGGAGUAGCAUAAGUACUGUGAGAGAUACAUUUGUGAUACAUACUUUCAUAGUAAAUAAAGAACUCCCACAUUUA